AUGAAUCUCUACACACCUGCUGGUGGAUUAGGCAAUACUCAUGUCACUUGGGAAGACAUUGAAGAAGAUUUGCAGAGAGAAUUGGACACUGUCGCCACUUUUGGUCCAAACAAGACUGCUAAAACUAUAGGAGAUGGUAGAGGUUUCAUGUCCAGAGUUGUCCUCAUCGAUGCAGACUGGCAACACAAAGACAAGAAGCUUCCUGAGAAAUUCAUUGUCAAGGUUAGUAUUCAGGGUUUCAUAGAUUAG